AUGAAAACAUGCAUUGACUCGGUGCCAUCUGAUCCUGAUGUUUCAAUUAAAGAGGUGUCGCCAACGACCAUCUCGUUACUGAUAAGGGCAAGUGGGUCUGGUGGGCAGCCCAUCGAGGCCUACAAGAUUGUGUUUUACGCCGAGGGUGAUGAUCAAAACAAGGUCUCACAACUGGUACCUGUCAACUCAACGUCCAAGGGGAUGCAGACCCAGUUUGUCAUCAAUAAUCUAGCACCCAGGCGACGAUACGUCAUCAGUGUGGAGGCGCGCAACAACGUGGGGUAUGGGGCCAAGGCUGCAAUCGCUGCCAUGACUCUGGCCAUCCGGGAACCGAACCCUCCAACAGUUACCUCCCCUAGAUUUAGUGACUAUCCGAACAGCUACAAACUGGUUUGGGAGAAACCUGGGACUGGAGGCAUGCCCCUGACUCGAUACAUGGUCAGGUAUUAUCAGGUGGAACUGUCCGAGGGUCAGCCUGAGAAAGUGAAGGCGGCGGUUGGAGACAUGAAAACGCUUCUUAUUGACCAGAGCAAUGUGACUGAGAUUACAUUAACGGAAUUGAUGCCCAACUGCACUUAUGAACUGCAGAUCAGCGCUAUGAACCCUAUCGGAGUGUCCAAGGCCACACGUAAAAUAUUCACCACACCACCUGGGGGAUCGGUGCCAUCUGAUCCUGAUGUUUUGAUUAAAGUGGUUUCGCCAACGACCAUCUCGUUACUGAUAAGGGCAAGUGGGACUGGUGGGCAGCCCAUCGAGGCCUACAAGAUUGUGUUUUACGCCGAGGGCGAUGAUCAAAACAAGGUCUUACAACUGGUACCUGUCAACUCAACGUCCCAGGGGAUGCAGACCCAGUUCGUCAUUAAUAAUCUUUUACCAAGCCGACGAUACGUCAUCAGUGUGGAGGCUCGCAACAACGUGGGGUAUGGGGCCAAGGCUGCAAUCUCUGCCAUGACUCAGUCCGUCCAGAAGCCAUCAGCUCCGAGCAUCUCAGCUGAUGAAGUGACGUCCACAAGCAUCCGUCUGCUGAUUGCGAAAGAACAAGAAACUGGGGGACAGCCCGUCAUAGAGUACAGGGUCGUUUAUUAUGCUAAAGGCAAUGUAAAAGGAAAGAUCAGAAGAAAGGUUCCUGUCAACAGAAACUCCAAGGACCUGCAGACUGUGUUCCUCAUUGACAAUCUGGAAGCGGGGGUUCAGUACUUCAUCAGGGUAAUGGCUCGCAACAACUUGGGUUAUGGAGCCAAGGCUAAAAUGUCUGUCAAGACAGCGUUCUUCACGGUACCAUCACUACCGAGUCUGACAUUUGCCUCCAGGCUUGUGUUCUUCUUCACAGAGGCUGAGGCAGCGAAAGGUUUGUUGGAGUCGAGAUGUGACAAUUGUGUGGCACCCAUUCAAGGCCAGCAAGUCCUCAUGAUCCCUCGGAGUCAUGAGCCGAGACAAAAUGUGCUUGACGUGUCUCCAGCUGCUGUUAACCUUUUUGGUCAUGGAGUUAUGAACUCGCUUGUGUUUAUCUCCGUCUAA